AUGGAUGCCUCCCACGUACUUGCCAAAGUUGACAACGACCAGUGUCUCUGGCCAUCUGAAGAAGUGCUGGCUUACUACUGCCUAAAGCACAAUGAAAUAUUCAGGGACCUUGCUGUGUGUGAGCUAGGGGGUGGCAUGACAUGCUUGGCUGGGCUCAUGGUUGCUAUUUCUGCAGAUGUCAAAGAAGUUCUGUUAACUGAUGGAAAUGAAAAGGCCAUCAAAAAUGUAAGUGAGAUUAUCGCAAGAAACCAAAAUGCAGGGGUAUUUAAGGCUCAGAAAGUGUCAAGCUGCAUUUUACGAUGGGAUAAUGAGACAGAUGUCUCUCAACUGGAAGGACAUUUUGACAUUGUUAUGUGUGCUGACUGCCUGUUUCUGGACCAGUACAGAGCUAGCCUUGUUGAUGCAAUAAAGAGAUUACUCCAACCCAGUGGAAAAGCAAUGGUAUUUGCUCCACUCCGAGGGAAUACUUUAAACCAGUUUUGCAAUCUAGCUGAAAAAGCUGGUUUCUCUAUCCAAAGACAUGAAAAUUAUGAUGAACACAUUUCGAACUUCCACUCCAAGUUGAAAAAUGAAGAAAAAGAUACAUAUGAGGAAAACCUCCAUUACCCUUUUCUUCUCAUUUUAACCAAACACAGAUAG